AUGAAAUUCACUCUUUUACAGUUCAUAGGCCUGGCCUUGGUCUUUCCAGCUACUACAUCUCCUAUGAAAAACAAGGAGGUCGCAGUACAAGAUGUGAUCCUCGAGCCAAAUUCUGACUCCUCAAUCAUCAAGGGCCGGGCUGUCAGUGCCUCCGCCAACUAUCUUAUUUAUCCCAAGGCCAAUUCUGCCAUGAAGGAUGUCGAAGCAUUUUCCAAAGGCCUUCAGUCGCAGGCCGGCAAGACCAAGGUGGACACUGUCACCGAUGUGAAUGGCAAGCUUCUGGCUUGGUAUGCCACGCUGAGCGCGAACCAGGUUGCAGUUAUCAAUAAGAGCAGUGUUGUUGGGUCAAUUGCUCCUGAUGCACCACUGAGGACCAAGGCGAAAUCAUCCGGUGUUGCCAAACGUGCUCUCAAGACCGACAAAAAGGCUCAGCCUGAGCUUCAAAUGUUCUCAACUGCUCCGGGAAAGAAACCUUCAGGCUACGUUUAUGAUGAUAAAGCCGGCCAAGGCGUCACUAUCUAUGUCCUUGACGAAGGUUUCAAUCUCAGACACAAGGAAUUCACCUCGUCGCCUGGCAGGAAGAGGUGGAUCUUCUCCAAGGGCGCCUCUGGUGAGAAUGACCCUGACGGUCACGGUUCCUGUUGUGCAUCCAAGGCACUUGGCAGCACGGUUGGAGUUGCGCCGAAAGCGGAUCUCGUUGCUGUCAAACUUCAAUUGACUUCUUGGUCAUUGCUCAAGGCUUGGCAAGCAGUUGUCUUGGAUGUGAAACAGAACAGACUUCAAGGAAAGGCUGUUGUGAGCAACUCAAAGGCUUCUAUUGCUUGGAGUGUCGAUCGUGACGAAAGGUGGUUCCGAGACACACUCGAGACUCUCCUCAAGAACCUUGAGGCUCUUGAUGUCGUCGUCGUCAGCUCGUCAGGAAACUUUGGCACUCAGUUUGAGGUCAGCACAUACCCAUCGCUUUUCGCAAACCGGACUCCAAUCAUUGUUACUGGAGCUGUUGAUAACAACGGACGUCUUGCUCCGUUCUCCCAGGGCGGUCCUCUCGUCACGACCACUGCACCUGGAAUCGCCGUCAAGUGCGCUGCUAUGAGUGGCGCAUCAGCUUACCAGGCUGGUAAAGAGUCAACUGGAACAUCCUUCUCUACACCCGCCGUUGCUGGAUUAGCGGCCUACUUCCUAUCGCUUGACUCCUUGAGACCUCGACUUCAAGUCCCUGGUUCAGUUGCUAUGAACGUCAAGGCACUUAUUCAGGAGUAUCACUACGCACGCGUCUCAGGUGGACCCAAGGUUGCAUGGAACGCACACACUCUGCUCAGAAAUUGA